ACUUCGCGUCGAUCAGUUGAUGAUUCCGAUUGAAUUUAGUGCUGUUCGUUUUUUUUAUAUAUAUAACCAUGGACGUUGAGUGUAGUGAAGAAAUAUUCGGACCUCGGCACGAUUCUUUACAAGUAGUUAUCCCUUUAACGAUACUAUACGUUAUAAUAUUCAUAACCGGCACUAUCGGCAACGUGAGUACUUGCAUAGUGAUAUCGAAAAACAAAACAAUGCACACAGCCACCAAUUAUUAUUUAUUCAGUUUAGCCAUAUCGGAUCAACUUCUCCUUUUAUCCGGCGUUCCUCAAGAAGUAUUUUUGUUUUGGCAACGAUACCCGUACAUUUUCGGCGACAGAUUUUGUUUCAUGCGAGGACUGUCCAACGAAACUUCCAGCAACGCCACGGUUCUUAUAAUCACGGCAUUCACCGUCGAACGAUACCUGGCUAUAUGUCAUCCUUUCCUCGCACACACGAUGUCGAAUUUAUCCCGGGCUAUUAAACUUAUUAUAUUAAUUUGGUUGUUGUCUAUAUGUUUGGCAAUACCGCAAGCUAUGCCGUUAAAAGUUGUCGGGAAGUGCCCGCAGUGCGUCGUGGAAGAAACCAUCAUUGAUUACAAUUUCGAAAUUUCGACUAUUCUUUUUUUUAUUGCACCUAUGACUGUAAUUACGGUCCUGUAUAUUUUGAUUGGGGUUAAAUUGAGAUCGAAUAGUGCCGAAAAGAGGAUCACCAGUACGAAAAUAAUGAGACGUUCUUCGAAAAAAGUUGUUAAUAUGUUAGUGGCCGUAGUUAUAACGUUCUUUUUAUGUUGGGCUCCUUUCCACAUACAGCGGCUAUACGUCAUUUAUAAUGUACCCACUAAAGAAACUCGUGACGCGUAUAUGCAGAUCUAUGGAAUUAUCACUUAUAUCAGCGGUUUUCUAUUCUAUACGUCAGCUACAAUCAACCCGAUUCUUUACAACAUCAUGUCAGCAAAAUUUAGAGACGCUUUUAAGGAAACCUUCUCAUCGUGCUGUUUUCGCGGAGGCGGGAUUUACAAACCACAAAGAUCUAUAUCAGUAGUUUCUAAAUCUCUGACGAAAUGUCAGGAUUCCACGGAUUCGGGAAGCAGAAAUAAUUCACUUCAAUCGGUUUCGAUCACGCUUCACAAAAAUUAUUUUAGUUCUACGGUAGGAAUUGGAGAAAAAACAAAAAUAGCACACGUGUAAUAUUUAAUGGAAUCAGCAACAAUUACCACUUCCUAUGGUUCAAGUGAUAACGUUGCGAAUGAAUCGAAGGUGAAUUAUUAAAAUGUUUUACGGCUCGAAGGACCAAAUUCAGUUAUUUGUUUCAGGUUUACCAGCACCACUGGCGAUUUUCCAAGAAAAUCGUCGCUGGAAGGAACUAUUUAAAUUAUUUUAUUUCAUAGUAUAUGUAGUUUUAGUAAUAGUUUAUUUAUAUCUAUAUUUUUAUACCAAAAAAAGUUAUCUUGUGAUAAAAAAUGAGUUUAC